AUGUAAUUAUUAAAGGAAAUAGUGGAAGGUGUACGUAAUCCAAUCAACACCAUAGAACAAUUAAAGAAAUCAGUUAUUCGGGAAAUCAACAAACAACAUUAUCAAACCAUCGAUUACACCCAUCGUCGUUCGAUUUCUACCCAAGAAGCUCCAUUCACUGUAGUUAGUAUAAAGAAACCAAAGACUUAACUAAAUACAAUAGAGUUGGCUCCCUUGAAGAACAAAACUAGGUUUAUGCCGAAUUCAACCUUGGAGUUGAUUGUCAAGUAACAAAAAAACAAAUCACUGCAAUUUAAAUAGAAGAUCUAUACUCAAGAAUAUAAGGAGAAGAGUGAGUACGUGCAAGGCAGAAGGAGGUUCAAUAAGAAUGUUGAGUGUCUCAAACAAAACAACCAAAGAUUCAGAUUAAGUGUAAGUGAACAAUCGCAAUAAUUGAACAAGCUUCUUGAAAGCAGAUUGUCACGUAUGUUGAGAUAUAACAAUAACAAUCAUGAUAAUUAUUUAUAAUGA